AUGGAAGCCCCUCUCCCGGUGGAUAAACUCACCCGCAUUAAGGAAGCCCUUGGUCAGUGGACUAUUAGGAAAUCUGCUACCUUACAGGAGCUACCGCCUCUGAUUGGCACCCUUCAAUUUGCUUGUAAGGUUAUAGCCCCUGGCCGCCCCUUCUUGCAACGCAUUAUCCACCUUACAAAGGGUAUCAAGUUCCCCCAUUGGCACAUUCACCUUAAUUCCGGUUUCCGUAACGACAUUUCUAUGUGGUAACAUUUUCUCCAAAAUUGGAAAGGGGUGUCUCUCUUUUUAGAUACCCAGGCCACCUCUCCGCCAGAGCUUCAGCUAUACACUGAUGCUUCUGGUUCCCUUGGGUAUGGGGGUUUCUUAGCAGGGGAAUGGUUCCAGGGCCACUGGCUCCUCCACCACACCCUCAGCCAAAAAAGGGGUAUUAGUAUUGAAUGGCAGGAGCUAUUUCCCAUAUACUUGGCCUGUAUUUUAUGGGGUCCCCACUGGUCCAGCCAAAGAAUCCGCAUGUGGUGCGACAAGUCAGUGGUGGCUAGCAUAAACUCUAAACACAUUAAGUCCUCCCGGAAAUGGACCUUAUUUGAGCAAUCACACUUCAAACACUCAAAUAUAACUUUGCAUUCACGGCUACUCACAUCCCGGGCUUAGACAAUUCUAUCGAUGAUUCACUUUCCCGUUUUCAGAUGGACUGCUUCAGUACCCUGGCUCCAUCAGCCUCUCUCACAGCCUCCACCAUCCCUCCAUCAGCGAUAAACAUCUGAGAGGUUCUGUACAGCGAUACCUUCAUGCUUCCCUUGCCCCUUCCACUUGACGCACCUAUCAAGUUGGUGUCAAACACUUCCUCACCUUUACCCUCAUGCAUAGUUUAGUAGGCCCCUCAACCACCCUCCUAGCAGCCUCAGAGAUAACCCUGGUGUAUUUUGCAUCUCAUUUAGCCAACACACUAUCCUAUGAAACAGUCAAGCUGUACUUGGUGGCAGUGCAGGACCUCCAUCGGGAGCUUAGCUUUCCUCUUAUGCUCAAUGACAUGCAUAGGUUACGAGAGGUCCUGACAGGCAUUACAGCAAUAAAAGGGGGUGGUAGGCCUACACGACUUUUACCUCAUGCCAAAAUGCUGCUUAUUCCAAUGAAGUUGUUUUUAUCUGCUGGGUGGAUUAUGCUCUGGAAGGUUCUGCAUUUUACUGAGCAAAUGUGGUUUUAGCCGCAUGUUUCACACUGAGAGGUCAUGACAUAUGUAUCGAUUGACUGUAGUUAUUGUUUUCUGGUCGGCAGGAUUUGCCCUGUGAUGCAAGCGCAUAUUCUUUGACCUCUUUUGAAGCGUAAAGCUUUUUUUAUUACGGCUGAAUAAGGGUUCCAGUUUUAUCCAAAGUGCCUUCUGGAUCUGAUCUAAGCGAUUUUCUUUAGUCCGUGAGUGUAAUGUUUUUCUGCAAUGCUGUAUCACGCUGGGCCCAGCUUGUCGGUUUUCUUUGCAGAAUGUUAAAUUAUCACGGAUAGUGACUUACAGAUCCAAAAUUAUAAGAGUGAAAUGCAGCUUAAACUGAAGCUACAUAAACUUACUAUGGAGAAUUGAAUUGUGACUCAGUAAACUCCAGCUUAGUGUUUUUCUAAAGAUAGUGUGAGGCUUUUGACUGGAGCGCGUAGUUCCUCCCUUGGUAAUAGCUUUGAAUAAGCUUAACAGUCUUUAAACUGUUUUGUUAUUGCCACAGUUUGUGAUCAGGCAAGACCAUGGUUUCGGUUCUCCUCACGAACCUCAUCAGUUGCCGGGUUGGCUUUGUGCUUAGUUGCUUUUAGAAGAGCAACUUUAGUUGUACUUUGUCGUGGCGAGAACGGUACAGCCGUUCUGUCUGUUGAGCUUUGAACUGAACAUAAAUACCCACGUGGCGGAUCGAAAUUCUUGUUUUCUUAUUGGCUACUGAACGUAACCAAUUGCGGACUGUGUAUUUCGAUCCUCUUCUGCUUCAAGCUAGAGGUGUGUUUUUUUGGAAAGCAUUUCGUGAAAAUUUAGGCACUUUCUCUCGUGGAAGAGUUCGAAGACUCUUGUAAAUAGAUGCGCACAGAGUUUCCGUACACUCCCUCUAAAAACUGGAGUGGAUACGUUUCUUGUUAGUUGCGCAAUGUUGAACUUUCUACUCUGUGCUUGGUUCUUAUUAGUGCCAGUGUUGAUUUUCAUAAGGUAAAACGGGGCCUACCCGUAAACAAAUCAUAGCAAUAAAAGGGGGUGGUAGGCCUACACGACUUUUACCUCAUGCCAAAAUGCUGCUUAUUCCAAUGAAGUUGUUUUUAUCUGCUGGGUGGAUUAUGCUCUGGAAGGUUCUGCAUUUUACUGAGCAAAUGUGGUUUUAGCCGCAUGUUUCACACUGAGAGGUCAUGACAUAUGUAUCGAUUGACUGUAGUUAUUGUUUUCUGGUCGGCAGGAUUUGCCCUGUGAUGCAAGCGCAUAUUCUUUGACCUCUUUUGAAGCGUAAAGCUUUUUUUAUUACGGCUGAAUAAGGGUUCCAGUUUUAUCCAAAGUGCCUUCUGGAUCUGAUCUAAGCGAUUUUCUUUAGUCCGUGAGUGUAAUGUUUUUCUGCAAUGCUGUAUCACGCUGGGCCCAGCUUGUCGGUUUUCUUUGCAGAAUGUUAAAUUAUCACGGAUAGUGACUUACAGAUCCAAAAUUAUAAGAGUGAAAUGCAGCUUAAACUGAAGCUACAUAAACUUACUAUGGAGAAUUGAAUUGUGACUCAGUAAACUCCAGCUUAGUGUUUUUCUAAAGAUAGUGUGAGGCUUUUGACUGGAGCGCGUAGUUCCUCCCUUGGUAAUAGCUUUGAAUAAGCUUAACAGUCUUUAAACUGUUUUGUUAUUGCCACAGUUUGUGAUCAGGCAAGACCAUGGUUUCGGUUCUCCUCACGAACCUCAUCAGUUGCCGGGUUGGCUUUGUGCUUAGUUGCUUUUAGAAGAGCAACUUUAGUUGUACUUUGUCGUGGCGAGAACGGUACAGCCGUUCUGUCUGUUGAGCUUUGAACUGAACAUAAAUACCCACGUGGCGGAUCGAAAUUCUUGUUUUCUUAUUGGCUACUGAACGUAACCAAUUGCGGACUGUGUAUUUCGAUCCUCUUCUGCUUCAAGCUAGAGGUGUUUUUUUGGAAAGCAUUUCGUGAAAAUUUAGGCACUUUCUCUCGUGGAAGAGUUCAAGACUCUUGUAAAUAGAUGCGCACAGAGUUUCCGUACACUCCCUCUAAAAACUGGAGUGGAUACGUUUCUUGUUAGUUGCGCAAUGUUGAACUUUCUACUCUGUGCUUGGUUCUUAUUAGUGCCAGUGUUGAUUUUCAUAAGGUAAAACGGGGCCUACCCGUAAACAAAUCAUAGCAAUAAAAGGGGUGGUAGGCCUACACGACUUUUACCUCAUGCCAAAAUGCUGCUUAUUCCAAUGAAGUUGUUUUUAUCUGCUGGGUGGAUUAUGCUCUGGAAGGUUCUGCAUUUUACUGAGCAAAUGUGGUUUUAGCCGCAUGUUUCACACUGAGAGGUCAUGACAUAUGUAUCGAUUGACUGUAGUUAUUGUUUUCUGGUCGGCAGGAUUUGCCCUGUGAUGCAAGCGCAUAUUCUUUGACCUCUUUUGAAGCGUAAAAGCUUUUUUUUUAUUACGGCUGAAUAAGGGUUCCAGUUUUAUCCAAAGUGCCUUCUGGAUCUGAUCUAAGCGAUUUUCUUUAGUCCGUGAGUGUAAUGUUUUUCUGCAAUGCUGUAUCACGCUGGGCCCAGCUUGUCGGUUUUCUUUGCAGAGUGUUAAAUUAUCACGGAUAGUGACUUACAGAUCCAAAAUUAUAAGAGUGAAAUGCAGCUUAAACUGAAGCUACAUAAACUUACUAUGGAGAAUUGAAUUGUGACUCAGUAAACUCCAGCUUAGUGUUUUUCUAAAGAUAGUGUGAGGCUUUUGACUGGAGCGCGUAGUUCCUCCCUUGGUAAUAGCUUUGAAUAAGCUUAACAGUCUUUAAACUGUUUUGUUAUUGCCACAGUUUGUGAUCAGGCAAGACCAUGGUUUCGGUUCUCCUCACGAACCUCAUCAGUUGCCGGGUUGGCUUUGUGCUUAGUUGCUUUUAGAAGAGCAACUUUAGUUGUACUUUGUCGUGGCGAACGGUACAGCCGUUCUGUCUGUUGAGCUUUGAACUGAACAUAAAUACCCACGUGGCGGAUCGAAAUUCUUGUUUUCUUAUUGGCUACUGAACGUAACCAAUUGCGGACUGUGUAUUUCGAUCCUCUUCUGCUUCAAGCUAGAGGUGUGUUUUUUUUUGAAAGCAUUUCGUGAAAAUUUAGGCACUUUCUCUCGUGGAAGAGUUCAAGACUCUUGUAAAUAGAUGCGCACAGAGUUUCCGUGACACUCCCUCUAAAAACUGGAGUGGAUACGUUUCUUGUUAGUUGCGCAAUGUUGAACUUUCUACUCUGUGCUUGGUUCUUAUUAGUGCCAGUGUUGAUUUUCAUAAGGUAAAACGGGGCCUACCCGUAAACAAAUCAUAGCAAUAAAAGGGGUGGUAGGCCUACACGACUUUUACCUCAUGCCAAAAUGCUGCUUAUUCCAAUGAAGUUGUUUUUAUCUGCUGGGUGGAUUAUGCUCUGGAAGGUUCUGCAUUUUACUGAGCAAAUGUGGUUUUAGCCGCAUGUUUCACACUGAGAGGUCAUGACAUAUGUAUCGAUUGACUGUAGUUAUUGUUUUCUGGUCGGCAGGAUUUGCCCUGUGAUGCAAGCGCAUAUUCUUUGACCUCUUUUGAAGCGUAAAGCUUUUUUUAUUACGGCUGAAUAAGGGUUCCAGUUUUAUCCAAAGUGCCUUCUGGAUCUGAUCUAAGCGAUUUUCUUUAGUCCGUGAGUGUAAUGUUUUUCUGCAAUGCUGUAUCACGCUGGGCCCAGCUUGUCGGUUUUCUUUGCAGAAUGUUAAAUUAUCACGGAUAGUGACUUACAGAUCCAAAAUUAUAAGAGUGAAAUGCAGCUUAAACUGAAGCUACAUAAACUUACUAUGGAGAAUUGAAUUGUGACUCAGUAAACUCCAGCUUAGUGUUUUUCUAAAGAUAGUGUGAGGCUUUUGACUGGAGCGCGUAGUUCCUCCCUUGGUAAUAGCUUUGAAUAAGCUUAACAGUCUUUAAACUGUUUUGUUAUUGCCACAGUUUGUGAUCAGGCAAGACCAUGGUUUCGGUUCUCCUCACGAACCUCAUCAGUUGCCGGUUGGCUUUGUGCUUAGUUGCUUUUAGAAGAGCAACUUUAGUUGUACUUUGUCGUGGCGAGAACGGUACAGCCGUUCUGUCUGUUGAGCUUUGAACUGAACAUAAAUACCCGUGUGGCGGAUCGAAAUUCUUGUUUUCUUAUUGGCUACUGAACGUAACCAAUUGCGGACUGUGUAUUUCGAUCCUCUUCUGCUUCAAGCUAGAGGUGUGUUUUUUUGGAAAGCAUUUCGUGAAAAUUUAGGCACUUUCUCUCGUGGAAGAGUUCGAAGACUCUUGUAAAUAGAUGCGCACAGAGUUUCCGUACACUCCCUCUAAAAACUGGAGUGGAUACGUUUCUUGUUAGUUGCGCAAUGUUGAACUUUCUACUCUGUGCUUGGUUCUUAUUAGUGCCAGUGUUGAUUUUCAUAAGGUAAAACGGGGCCUACCCGUAAACAAAUCAUAGCAAUAAAAGGGGGUGGUAGGCCUACACGACUUUUACCUCAUGCCAAAAUGCUGCUUAUUCCAAUGAAGUUGUUUUUAUCUGCUGGGUGGAUUAUGCUCUGGAAGGUUCUGCAUUUUACUGAGCAAAUGUGGUUUUAGCCGCAUGUUUCACACUGAGAGGUCAUGACAUAUGUAUCGAUUGACUGUAGUUAUUGUUUUCUGGUCGGCAGGAUUUGCCCUGUGAUGCAAGCGCAUAUUCUUUGACCUCUUUUGAAGCGUAAAGCUUUUUUUAUUACGGCUGAAUAAGGGUUCCAGUUUUAUCCAAAGUGCCUUCUGGAUCUGAUCUAAGCGAUUUUCUUUAGUCCGUGCAAUCAGUGUAAAAUGGGGUUGACAGGCCUACACGACUCCCCAGCGCGUGUUUAAAAUAGCCUUUCUAUAGUUUGGCUCUCACGAGUAUGUCUUUGAGUGACCGCCCUCUUUUAUAAGAUACGAGGGGCGGUUUUUUGUAGAUUUCGCUCAGUAAUGGUUGUUGUUCUAUUAAAUGCCAGUUUUUCAUGAGAAUUUGCUUUAGGUUUGGCACUGAUGGUUGGUAUUGUGUGACAAAAGGCAAGAUUCGUUGGUUUGUCUUUGGUUUCUGUUGAAGGGCUAGUUUCCUGUCUUUGAAGUUCACCUCUGAGAGGGUUGUGUUAAUAAGAUCCUCUGGGUAACCCCUCUGUAGCAGAUGCGUUUUGAAAUUUGUAAUUUUCUCUUCGAAUAUUAGUUCGGAAGAGUUUGUUCUGAGGAGUCGGAGGGCUUCCCUUUAAUGAAGCCUUUUUAACUCCUUGCGGGUGACAGGAAGCAAAAUGGGUAUACUGAAAUGUCUCAGUUGGUUUGAAAUGAGUACGCACAUCAAGGAUUGCGUCUCUUUCGAAUCUUUCCCUUUGUAGAUGUAGGUGUCCAGGAAUGUUGUUUCCUUAUCGGAAAUUUCAGCCGUAAAUUUGAUCGUAGGGUGAUGAUUGUUUGCUUGUUCAAUGAAAUGUUUUAUUCUGGCUCUGUUUGUAGUCCAGAGCGAGAAGAUGUCGUCUAUGUAACGUUUCCAAACGAGCGGUUUGAGAAGGCUUCGCUAAGGAUUUCCGUCUCUACCUUGUUCAUGAAUAUAUUAGAAAAGGCGACUGCCAUUUUCGUGCCCAUGGCCGUACCAUGUGUUUGAAGGUAGUUUUUUCCAUUAAACUGGAAAGAGUUUUCUUGGAGAAUUAGCCUGAGCGCUCGUUUUAGUAGUUGUGUAGGGAUAGGAGGUUCGUUUCUAUAGAAUAUUUCGUAUGCUCUGCAUACCGUGUCUAUUCCCUCCUCUUGCGGUAUAUUUGUAUACAAGCUCGUAACGUCCAUUGAAACAAGUAUGACGUCCACUGGGACUUUCGUAUUUUCUAUGAAAUUGACGAAGUCGGUAGUAUCUUUAAGAUAAGACUUUUGUUGUUGUGCUAUCGGCUGAAGGAGUUUGUCGACAAAUGAUGAUAAUUUCUCUGUUGGGCCAUCACACCCUGAUACUAUCGGUCUGCCGACCGGGGGCGGCUUGUGUAUCUUAGUGAGGGUGUAAAAUUCUGGAAUUCGAGGCGGAUUUGGUGUUUGACAAAGCCAUUUUUUAGUCAUGUCGUCUAUGUGAUCCCCGUUGUGGAGGUCUGUAAUAAGUUGUUUAACUUUAUGGUUUGUAUCAGUGACCAUGGGUGAUGCAAGAGGCCUGUAGUUGUCUUUGUUGUCUAGUAGAAUUUGGCCUUCUUUAAUUUUGUCUUGUGUGUUCAUGACUACGGUUGUUGUUCCUUUAUCGGCCUUUUUAAGGUUUAUUUCAGUGUCACUUUUUAGGGCUCUCAGAGCCUCACGUUCGGCCGGAGGCAGAUUGUUUGUGAGUCCAAACCGGGAAAACCUUCGGAUCUCAGUAAUCAAAACAAAGAAGAGUGAUGCUUUUGAAAACCUUCACUGGAUGGUCAAAAUGAUACGAGAGAAUGGACUUGAAUGCCCAAAGACGUUACUAUUUUGUAACACAAUGAAAGACAUAGUGGCAAAUUAUCUUUUGUUCAAAUUGGGUAAAGAUGAAUAUUAUCCACAUGAUUCUAAGAAGAUGACAGACUACGUAAUUGGUAUUUGUCACUCAAUGACAUGGCAACAAUACAAAGAAAGGGUGGUGAGCUCUAUGAAAGGCUCCGGGAAGAAACGUGUAAUUAUUGCUACCUCUGCAUUAAGUAUGGGGGUUAACUUCCCUGAUGUACGAUAUGUUGUGCACUGGGGCCCAGCACGUAAUCUCCUGGAACAUCAUCAGCAGGCGGGAAGAGCUGGACGUGAUGGCAGCAGAUCAGAUAUUGUAGUCAUUUACCAUGGACAACAAUUAAGCCAUUGUGAAGAGGAUGUCAAAUCAUUUGUUUGGUCGGAUGACUGUUUACGUGAGGCAAGCUAUAGACCUUUUGAUAGAAACGUAAAGCCGUUAAACCCUCACCACUUCUGUUGUAGUAACUGUAUAAAAAUUUGGGCAUGUGGUGACUAUGGCUGUAGCUUAUCACCUCCUCUAUUUCUUUUGAAAUCUGUAAGUCCCGAAAAUGAAACUCCAGAAAGAAGCCAAAUGUUAACACUUAAGGACAAGGAUGAGUUAAGAGAGGCCCUUAUUGACCUUAAAGAACAAUUCAAUGGCCCUAGUACCCUAUUCGCUUGCACUGGGUUUUCAGAGGAACUAAUUGAAGAUAUUGUUCAGCAAAGUCAGUUCAUCUUCACAUUACAAGAUUUGACCAAAACAAGUCCUGUUUUUUCAUUAAGACACGCGAUUGCUGUUCUAGAGGUUUUUGCAGAAAUGUUCCAAGACAUAUUGGGAUUAGAAGAUCUUGUUACAUUGCUAGGUCAAGAAUUUUUGCUUGAAGAAAGCCAACCUUCACAUUUUUCAGGUAUUUUUGAUGAUUUGUCUGAUUCAGAUUCUCUUAUUGAUGAACUGGACAUUUUAAUCUGACAUUUGUGAUAGUACAUGUACAGUUUACGUAACUUAAUACAAUUGCGGAAGUAACUGUAACUAAAAGAAAGAGGCCUCUUGAGGGGUUGGGUUUAGGGCUUUCUCGAUUAUGAGAGCAUUUUUCGGGCAUUUUCUGGGAAAACAAGCAUUUUUUCUUGACACGCAUUUUUUCUUGAAAAAGAAUUGCUAGCAUUUUCUGUCAUUUUUCAUGACUGUGAUCCAGAUUUCAGCACUCAGAAGGAUACUUGUUACUUGUGUGUGCAGAUUGUCUGUUUCCGUUACAUGACAUUCAGUCACGUACUAUAGGGUAUUAACACCAACGAAAAAAAAGGCAUGAGUGGUCAGCAGGUAACUCUUUCUCUAGCACAGCCAAGAUGGCGUCCGCCACAAACUUGCAAGAAAGACCAGUUCCAUCAUCUAUACCAAGAGAUCGAUCACUACAGUCCACCUCCGGCGAAUACAAGCGACGAGGAAAUAGCGACACUGUGAAAGUGCCGUUACACGAGCGAGUACAACAGUUUCCUGAUGAGAACAUAGUAUCUUUCAUAUUCCCGAACAUGGUGAAAGUUGUGUGCUUCUCCCACACAUUAGACAACGUGGGGAACCAUUUCGAGAUCCCGACCCCUGAAAGAGUUUGGUAG